UGUUGGGACACCUAUAAAUCUUCCCCCUUCUAUAUCAGAUACGAUCCACAACCACAAGGCUUCUCUUUCUCUCUAUCUCACGCACAAUGGCAACAUUAAACCAUCUCUUUGACCUUCCAGAGCAGAUUUGCUACGUGCAAUGUGGUUUCUGCGACACCAUUUUACUGGUAAGUGUCCCAUGCAGCAGCCUGUCCAUGGUGGUGACUGUGAGAUGCGGCCACUGCACCAGCCUCCUAUCUGUCAACAUGAUGAAAGUUUCUUUUGUCCCUUUCCAGUUUUUAGCUUCUCUCAGCCAUGAUCAGCAAAAAGAAGAAGUCAGUCCAGAAGAAGUGGAUGCCCAAAAAGCCUUGGAUAUACAGAGAUCAUCAUCCAUCGUGGCCUAUUCUGACAACGAAUUAGAGGAUGAUAGGAACCCUGUGAACCGUAUCAUUAAUAAACCCCCAGAGAAAAGGCAAAGAGCACCAUCAGCUUACAACCGUUUCAUCAAAGAAGAGAUCAGAAGGCUCAAAGCUGAAAAUCCAAGCAUGGCUCACAAAGAAGCCUUCAGCACAGCUGCAAAAAAUUGGGCCAAUUUCCCACCAAUUCAUUAUAAAGAAGGUGGAGAAAGUGUUGGCCAGGAAGAAGAGAAGGCACCAUGGAGUUGUGAUGCAAUCGAGGUCAACACUGGAGGCAAAGGUUUCCAUGAAAGAAAGGUUCCAAGGCAUUCCACCCUUUGAGUGAAGCAGAAGAAGAAAGCUUAUAUAAACUGCCAUAAGAAGAAAACUGUUCCAUUUUUAGGGUUAGGGUUAGGGUUAGGGUUGGGUUCUGAAUCAUAUGCCCUUUAGAGGGUAGAUGCUCUUGGAAAUGAGGUUUUCACUGUGCUGCAAGUUGUGAAAGACUGACUUUAAGAUAAGUUUUCACGGUGCUUGAUGAUUGUUAGUUGUGUAUUCUGUGAGGGGCAAAUUUUCAUUUGAUCCAGAGGCCUAGCUAGCUUUAUAUUUAUACAGGUAAUUGAAUAGAGCUUUCUUUCUUUUAAUUAGGGUUAAUUUAGGACUUAAUAAGAAUAGGCUUUCGUGGGAAUCCUAACUGCAAAUUUUGGUGUAGCUAACCUAUAGUUUUUCAAAUAAAACUUGAUAACAAGAGAAAA